AUGCUUCCUUCGCGAGCGCAAGCUCCGCACCGCAUCGUCCUUUAUGAUAGCCGAGCCCAAACCAACAACCUCGCGAAGAUCGAGCCAGAUUGUAACGAGACCGACGGCGAUACAACUGGAUACAUCGCCACGACGCUGGAGAAUCCCCCGAUCCAGGCAAACGCCGAACCCGCCUGGAAAUCCGACUUAAGAUUCAAAGCGCUGCUCGACCUUGACAGACCCGGGAGCCCCCAAUCGCGGAACCGCUCGUCCAAGCCCUCAACGGACUUCUGCUACGGCGAUCCCCGAAGAUCCUCGGUUCCGGCUAGAAACAAGAGAAAGUCAUCAUCCUCUCGCCCGGAGAAGUCCACGCAUAAAGCACCAAGUGCCAUCACGAAUCUCUCCCUCGCCGAGACGCACCCUGUCUACGACGACGAGACCAGGAGAAACUGGAGAAUCGCGCGAAGACUGAUCGCCAUGCACCCGCAAUGCUCAUUCUCGAUCAGGAGAUAUUCGAGAUCAUUGCCGAUAUUCGAAGAACUCCCCUGA